AUGGAUAAAGAGAAGUCCAAGUACAAGGAUAAAAAGAAGUCAAAGUACAAGGAAAAAGUGAAGUCCAAGUACAAGGAUAACGAGAAGUCAAAGUACAAGGAUAAAGUGAAGUCCAAGUACAAGGAUAACGAGAAGUCAAAGUACAAGGAUAAAGAUAAAGAGAAGUCAAAGUACAAGGAUAAUGAGAAGUCAAAGUGCAAGGAUAAUGAGAAGUCCAAGUACAAGGAUAAAGAGAAGUCAAAGUACAAGGAUAAAGAGAAGUCAAAGUACAAGGAUAAAGAAAAGUCCAAAUACAAGGAUAAAGAGAAGUCCAAGUACAAGGAUAAAGAGAAGUCCAAGUACAAGAAUAAAGAGAAAACCAAGUACAAGGAUAAAGAGAAGUCAAAGUACAAGGAUAAAGAAAAGUCCAAUUUCAUGGAUAAAGAGAAGUUCAAGUACAAGGAUAAAGUGAAGUCAAAGUACAAGGAUAAAGAGAAGUCCAAAUACAAGGAUAAAGAGAAGUCCAAGUACAAGGAUAAAGAAAAGUCCAAAUACAAGGUUAAGAGAAGUCCAAGUACAAGGAUAAAGAGAAGUCCAAGUACAAGAAUAAAGAGAAGUCCAAGUACAAGAAUAAAGAGAAGUCCAAGUACAAGGAUAAAGAAAAGUCCAAUUACAAGGAUAAAGAAAAGUCCAAGUACAAGGAUAAAAAGAAGUCCAAGUACAAGCAUAAAGAGAAGUCCAAGUACAAGGAUAAAGAAAAGUCCAAGUAGAAUAAUAUAA